AAAUUCGAUAAGAUAUAAUAUACUCCGAUUAGCGAUUCUUAUCGUACAGAUAAGCGAUUGUUUCAGUAUUACAAGUUUAUGUAUAUAUGAAAUAUAUCGAUAGAAAAGAAUUUACUCAUUGUUGCGUCCUAUGUACGCGUAUAUCGAUUUUGUUGCUCAUCUCUAAUAAAAAUAAGGCGGGAUUUCAUGGAUUGUGUGCUAAAAUUGUUGUCAAAUGCUUGUUAAUGCAUUAAAAUGUUUACAUUUGGUAAAACAUGCGCGGUUCUACAGUAAGCAAACAAAGGAUAUGAAGUUUUUAAAUGUAGCUGAAAAGAAUGAUGCGGCCAAAACAAUUGCAGGCCUACUUUCAAAUGGCACUGCGCAGCGGCGUGAAGGCUAUUCGGUGUAUAAUAAGGUGUACGAUUUUGAGACUCAAGUACGCGGCCGUAAUGCCAAAAUGGUCAUGACUUCCGUAUCGGGACAUCUGAUGGAAUUGGAGUUUCUUCAAUCAUACCGAAAUUGGCGUAAUGUCGAUCCACGUUCGCUUUUCGAUGCACCCAUACGUAAGAGCGUCAGUGAAAACUAUUUGCCCAUCAAGAGAACGCUGGAACGUGAGGUGCGUGGCUGUCAGGGGUUGAUAAUCUGGACGGAUUGUGAUCGCGAGGGCGAAAAUAUUGGCUAUGAAAUUAUCGAUGUAUGUCGCGCCAUCAGACCCAAUUUGACAAUUCAUCGUGCCAUUUUCUCAGAAAUUACCUCAGUUGCAGUUCGUCGCGCUUUACAACAGUUGGGGGUGCCGGAUAAGCGACAAAGCGAAGCUGUGGAUGUGCGCACCGAGCUUGAUUUGCGAACUGGCGCAGCCAUAACACGUUUUCAAACAAUGCGACUCCAACGUCUAUUCCCCGGAAAUAUUGCAGACAAGCUCAUUUCUUAUGGCAGCUGUCAAAUACCCACAUUGGGGUUCGUAGCCGAGCGCUACAAGGAAAUUGAAGCCUUUGUCUCCGAACCCUUCUGGAAAAUCAGGGUCCUGCACUCCAUUGAGGAUCUUACAGUGGAGUUCAAUUGGGCGCGCAAUCGUUUGUUUGAUAAAGAUGCUUGCGAGAACUAUUUGCUACUGUGCUUAGCCGAGCCAGAGCCGCGAGCUACUGUUGAAAGCGUUAUAGUGAAGCCGAAGCAUAAGUGGCGACCCACACCGUUGGAUACCGUGGAAAUGGAAAAGUUGGGCUCACGCAAACUGAAGCUGUCCGCCAAGGAGACGAUGACCAUAGCCGAAAAACUCUAUAGCAAGGGUUUGAUAAGCUACCCACGUACCGAGACCAAUCAGUUUUCCAAGGAAUUCGAUUUGACCCCCCUUGUGGAGCAUCAAACGGCGCACGAGCAUUGGGGUGCAUUUGCUCAACGUGUCCUCGAAUGGGGACCAAAUCCGAGAAACGGUAACAAAUCCGAUCAAGCGCAUCCGCCUAUACAUCCCACCAAAUUAGUCUCAAAUCUACAGGGCAAUGAGGCGCUCGUAUACGAAUUGGUCGUGCGACACUUUCUCGCAUGCGUCAGCAAGGAUGCUGUUGGCUCGGAGACAAUUGUCAACAUUGAUAUAGCAGGGGAGAAAUUUAGUGCAAACGGAUUGGUCAUACACGAAAGAAACUAUUUGGACGUUUACGUGUAUGAUAAGUGGAGUGCCAAGCAGAUUCACAAUUAUCAGCGGGGUCAGCGAUUUGAGCCGACGGAGAUUAUGCUACAUGAGGGAGCGACUACAGCCCCCCCGCUGCUUACAGAAGCUGAUUUGAUAGCGUUGAUGGAGAAGCACGGAAUUGGUACAGAUGCAACUCAUGCGGAGCACAUCAAUACAAUCAAAGAGCGUGGCUACAUAGGCGUGGUGGAAAAAGGAGCUCUAGUGCCAGGUGUCAUUGGUAUGGGUUUGUACGAGGGCUACGAUGCCAUGGAGUUAACUUUGUCAAAGCCACUGCUGCGUGCUGAAUUCGAAGCUGAUCUGAAACGCAUUUGCCUGGGCGAAAAGGAACCAAAGCUUGUGCUGCGCGAGCAAAUUGCUAAAUAUAAGUUAGCCUACCAGCAGAUUAUGGACAAGAUCACAGCCAUGGAUGACAAAAUCGCGCAAAGGAUUAAUGAAACUCCAACGGCAGCUACAGGAAGCGAGUCAAGUGUCUUGGUGCAUGAGCUGUUUCAGUGCCCGAAAUGUGACCAGGCCCCCUUGGCAUUAAAGCCCAAAAAGAAUCAGACAAGCUUUUUCAUUGGAUGCCUUAAUUUUCCCGACUGUAAGAAUGUCAUUUGGCUGCCGGAGGAGUGCAAGGAGUUAACCGUGCUGGAGGAAUGCUGCCCCACGUGCGGCGAAGGCUAUAAAAUGCUCAAAUUUAAGCUAAGCACUCCCUACUAUCGUGGUUUGUUCAAUGCUCCCCAUGGGUGGUAUAAGAAUUGCUUACGGUGUGAUGAAUUGUUUCGAAGAACCUUCAAUAUCAAUCUAGACCAGGUGAAGCGCGUUGGCGGUAUUGUGGCACAGGCGGGGAGCUCAGGACCCGGACCAGAUGGUGGAGGAGGUGGUGGUGGUGGAGGUUGGGGCCGAGGUGGUGGUGGAGGUUGGGGAGGAGGUGGUGGUGGAGGUAGGGGAGGAGGUGGUGGUGGAGGUAGGGGAGGAGGUGGAAGAGGUGGUGGUGACGACCGUGGCGAAGGCAGAGGUGGCAAAAAAGGAGGAGGAAGUGGUGGUGAAGGCGGUCCCGCUUCACGUACACGUCCGGGAAGUGGCAAUUCUUUUGGUUCAGAAGGCAAUGCAGAUACACAAAAGCCAACUAAACCGAAACGCAAAUCUAAAGCAAUAGAUGGAGCAGCAGCAGGCAGCACGACUACAAACAGUCGAGACAAUGGAAGUCUAGAGCGUUUUUUUGACAGCGACAAUGAUGGCUCCGACGAACAGCUGCUGGCAGCUGCAGCUGUAGCCGAAUCAGAAUCCGCAAUAGCUUCUCAGCUGGAUGAGGAUAUUGCAGCUGCAUUUGCUGCUGAUGAUGAUGCCGACUUUGAGGCCCUGCUGUCUGGAGACAACAAUCAUAGCAACAAUAACAAUAAGAGAAUGUCUGCUAAUUUGGAUAGCAGCUUAACUCAAUGGAUGCGCGAGGCUUACGAGGCCGAGGAGAGGCCCAUUCUGUGGGGCAGACAGGCGCAUGCGGCUGCCGAAACGAAGCCAACUGUAAAGAAGGCGAGAUUAAAUGAAGUUUCUCCAGAUCGGGCUUCAAACGCGGUGCUUUGCAGUGGCUGCCAUCAACCGGCGCGUCAGCAAACUGUGCUGCGCGAUGGACCCAAUAAGGGCAGGCAUUACUACAAAUGCCCCAAGCCUAAUGAGUGCAAAUUCUUUCAGUGGGCGGACCACCAUGCAACAGCAGCCGACACCACGUCCCAAAUCAGCAAUUGGGGAAGAGAAGUGCUGGAAAGCAACAGCUCUUCCAGUGGUGCAGCAGCAGUUGCCAGGGAGGAAAGCAAUUCAGAGGAUUUCUCAUGGGGCACAAAGGCAGCAGCACAGCGCAGUAACUCUCAAGAUUCCAAUGUUUCUAAUUGGGGCUCUGGAGGAACUAUGGAGCAAAACAGAAGCAGCUCACUGAAAACCUUCGGAUGGGGCACAGAAAGUGGUGCCCAACCAGGAACAACAGUCACGAAGGCAUCAACUUAUAACAAAAACUCAAGCUGGGGUAUACAGCCACCUACGCAACAAAGGGCAGGUGUCCAGAUAACGGAUGAUCGCAACAACCUCUCCAGUUGGGGUACAGCUGCUGUGAAUCCAAGCAACCAUGAUUGGGGUCGCAGCCGCAGUAGCCAAACCACCUCCACGUGGAAUCGCAAUGAUAGCAGCUACACAUCUACCAGCUCCCAAAACACAGGCAUCCGUUACAAUUCCAGCAGCACUAUUACCGUCACUCAACGAAGCGCUACCGAUAGUAACCCCAAAUGUAAUUGCGACAAGCCCGCUAAAGAUCUAAUCGUACGCAAGGAUGGACCCAAUAAGGGACGCUCUUUCUUUGCGUGCGCGAAUCGAGAGAAGUCCUGCGGCUUCUUUCAAUGGGGCGACACGAAUGAGCAACGAGAAGCCAACUCUUCGAAAUCAAAUGGAAGCGCUGCUGCUCCAGCUGGGAAUCGGACGCGUCGAUGUGGCCUGUGUCGUGAAGAAGGACACACUCGACAAAAGUGUCCGCGUAAAGAGGAUUUCAACUAUUGAAACAACGACUUCCUAAAUUAGCAUUAAAUUUUAUUUUAAAUAUUUGAGCUAACAGCAUAUUCUAUAUAUAACAAUACAUA